AUGGGCGGCAGCGUCGCCGGCUUCCAGGUACCAAUGGGGAUCCCAGUGGGGAAGUCGAUGUUGGUGCUUCUCAUCUCUUUGGCCUUCGCCUUGUGCUGCAUCGCUGCUUACGGCCCCAGGGAGACUCUAUGCGGAGGGGAGCUUGUUGACACGCUUCAGUUUGUCUGUGCGGACCGCGGCUUCUACUUCAGCAGGCCUUCAAGCCGUGCCAACCGUCGCAGCCGUGGCAUCGUGGAAGAGUGCUGCUUCCGCGGAUGUGACCUGCGCCUCCUGGAGACAUACUGUGCCACCCCCGCCAAGUCCGAGAGGGACGUGUCUACCUUUAAGGCCGUACUUCCGGACGACUUCCCCAGAUACCCCGUGGGCAAGUUCUUCCAUUAUGAUACCUGGAGACAGUCCGCCGGACGCCUGCGUAGAGGCCUGCCUGCCCUCCUGCGAGCCCGUCGGGGUCGCAUGCUUGCCAGAGAGCUCCAAGCGUUCAAAGAGGCCAAUCGUCAUCGUCCCCUGAUCGUGUUACCACCCAUAGACCCCGCCCACGGGGGAGCCUCUUCGGAGAUGUCCAGCAACCAUCAGUGAACCAAAUUAUGUGGUAAUUCUGCAAUGUAGUACCAUCAAUCUGUGACCUCCUCUUGAGCAGGGACAGUUCCAUCAGUCCCACACUAAAGUCUCUCUGCU